AUGGAGAAGGGACGCGAUGGUGUCAAUGGCACCCCCUUGAUGGGCGCACAUGAUGAAAUCGAAAGAUCACAGUCUAGGACACCCGGCGGCCAUACUCGCACUACGUCGUAUCAAUCCAGAGAACUGGCCGAGGAUUUCUCUUACUUGACACCGAGCGAAACCGCCACCAGAUUACAAACUUCGUUAACUCAUGGCCUGACGGCUACCGAAGCCUUGCGACGACAGCAAGUCCAUGGACUCAACGAGAUCCCCCACGAACCCCCAGAACCGCUUUGGUUGCGCUUUAUUGGUCAGUUCAAGGAGCCAUUGAUCCUGCUGCUCCUUGCAUCGGCGGCUGCCUCCAUAUUUCUCGGGAAUACGGACGAUGCUGUGAGCAUAACGGUUGCGGUAACAAUUGUAGUCACGGUCGGAUUCGUGCAGGAAUACAGAUCUGAAAAGUCUAUCGAGGCUUUGAGCCACCUGGUCCCAGACCACGCCCACCUCAUUCGCAACUCUGCCACCAAGCCCGCGCAGUCUCGAUUAACGACCUGGCCUGCUAAUAAUGGCCCAGCUGAUGACGAGGCCCCAGAGCCAACUGCUUCAGGCGCGACUACCCCGGGGGAGGCGGCGUUGGAGGCAACAUCGGUAAAAGUUAUGGCUGAACAGCUUGUCCCCGGCGACCUUGUUAUCUUCACCACGGGGGACCGCAUCCCUGCAGACAUUCGUGUGACGAAAGCGACCGACUUGACCAUCGACGCCUCUAAUCUUACCGGGGAGAACGAGCCAGAACGUCUCACGGCUGCGCCGCGCCCCCGAGGUGCUCGGCCAUUGACCCCUUACGCAGGGUCUAGUCUACAGCUGCCCAGCCCUACGUUCGCGACGCAAUCCGCGCCUGAAUUUAGCAGUCAGGCCGGAGACGACCUGAGCCAUGAGCCCAAGAACGUGGCGUAUAUGGGCACAUUGGUUCGAUCUGGACACGGACAAGGAAUAGUCUUUGCCACCGGGGGAAAUACCCAUUUCGGCACUAUCUCGCUAAGCGUAUCCGGCACCGAAAGCCCUCGUUCGCCUUUGCAGCUUUCAAUGGACGAACUGGGUGGGCAGCUCAGCAAGUUUUCGUUUGUCGUCAUCGGCUUUAUCUCUCUCAUUGGAUUCCUUCAGGGGAAGAAAUUGCUAGAGAUCUUUACCAUAUCCAUCUCUCUCGCUGUGGCCGCUAUCCCCGAAGGCCUUCCCAUCAUUGUAACGGUGACUCUCGCGCUUGGUGUACAUCGCAUGGCCAAGCGCAAUGCCAUCGUCAGGAAGAUGCCCAAAGUGGAGACUCUUGGAUCGGUGAACGUUGUUUGCACAGACAAGACAGGCACCCUCACCAUGAAUCACAUGACCACCACAAAGAUGUGGUAUUUUGGACAGCAGAGCUCAGUCAGCGUGGACUCUGACGAUGAGUUCACCGAGAUCAAGCCAGAUGCUGCAACCUUGAGAAUUCUGCGCAUUGGAAACAUCGCGAACAACGCACGCCUUGCGCAUCAGUACACCGAGAACGGCGCAGCUGCUAGGGCCGUCCUGUCCUCAACCCUCGGCAAGAAUGAGCACAGUUCGACAUAUACUCGCUGGGUUGGACAGCCCACCGAUGUGGCCAUGCUUGACCUACUGGACAGGUUCAAGGAGCAUGACGUUAGGGGGUCCGUUGGGCCACGUACUACCGAGACUCCGUUCAGCUCUGAGAGGAAAUGGAUGGGUGUCACCAUCGGCGCCGAGGGUGGUAGCAGAAACGAUAAGGAGUUCGCUUACAUCAAGGGCGCCAUCGACCGAGUUUUGGCGAGUUGUGACACGUACAUCACUGGAGAAGGCAGGGAGUUUGUCCUUGACUCUAAUCGACGCCAGGAGGCCAUCCAGGCCGCAGAGCAAAUGGCAGCUAAGGGCUUGCGUGUGCUCGCGUUUGCAAGCGGUGCAGUCAGCAAGACUACUAGAGGAAAGGGAUCGAUCGCAUCGGCGACUAGGAGCAGCACUCCUGCUGGAAACAACUCGGAAGACGGUCAACCUGCUACUAAUGAGGAGCCUUACACCGGCUUGACCUUUGCGGGGCUGGUCGGUAUGAGCGACCCGCCCCGGCCUGGGGUAGCGCGCUCCAUCAGAAAGCUGAUGCGCGGCGGCGUCAAAGUCAUCAUGAUUACCGGUGAUGCUGAAACCACGGCAGUAGCCAUUGGCAGACAGCUAGGAAUGCACAUCGCAGCUCCCAUUGAGCAUGGUGAUAACCAAGUCAGCGUCCGUCCGGUUCUCCGUGGCGAGGAGGUGGAUGCCAUGACAGAGGAGGAGCUGGCUCAGGCGAUGCAGACCACGACGGUGUUCGCGCGGACCAAUCCCGACCACAAGAUGAAGAUUAUCCGCGCCCUCCAGAUGCGUGGCGACAUCGUUGCUAUGACCGGAGAUGGUGUGAACGACGCGCCUGCUCUGAAGAAGGCGGACAUUGGAAUCGCUAUGGGAAGGCAAGGCACCGACGUGGCCAAGGAGGCGGCCGACAUGAUUUUGACCGAUGACGACUUCUCGACGAUUCUCCACGCCAUCGAGGAGGGCAAGGGCAUUUUCAACAACAUUCAGAACUUUUUGACAUUCCAGCUGAGCACCAGCGCUGCUGGGUUGUCCCUCGUCUUGCUCUGCACAGCGCUCGGGUUCAAGUCGCCGCUCAAUGCCAUGCAGAUCUUGUGGAUCAACAUCAUCAUGGAUGGACCUCCGGCUCAAUCACUGGGUGUGGAGGCUGUUGACAAGGACGUUAUGAACCGACCGCCUCGCAAGCGCAACGACCCUGUACUUACGCGGGCCGUUAUUCAGCGCGUUGCGCAGUCGGCCGCUAUUGUGAUGGUCGGCACUAUGCUAGUGUACACGCACGAGAUGCUGGAGGACAGGCAGGUGACACGACGUGACACGACCAUGACUUUUACAUGCUUUGUGCUGUUUGAUAUGUUCAACGCACUCGCCUGCCGGUCAGAAUCCAAGUCGAUACUGCGAGGAGAGAUAGGCUUGUUCCACAACACCCUCUUCAACUGGGCUGUUUCGUUGAGCAUUGCCGGACAGCUGCUUGUGAUAUACUUCCCCUGGUUGCAGGAAGUAUUUCAGACUGAGGCGCUGGGCUUCAUGGAUUUGGUGCGGCUUGUAUUGAUAUGCAGCACCGUUUUCUGGGCGGACGAGCUGCGGAAGUGGCUCAAAUAUGGGCGGAGAAGAGUUGGCAGCAACUACAGCCAAGCUCUUGCAGGCCUGAAGCUUGGGACAAGUAGUAGAGUUUUAGCCCUGCACCCUGCUGUGGACUUGCCCCGCUACCCCGAACCCAGGACGCAAGUGCGUACCGUUGGAUUCGGCGCGACCCAUGCAGCGCAGUCCAUGAUCUGGCCACGCACGGCCUACGAGUCUCGCAUUGCCGGACGAUAUGAGCCGACAUUGCACAAGACGGCGCAAAUGUCAGCCCUUUCCAAUGGCCACGCCACAGCAUCCAGCUCCUCGGGCAAGCUGCCGCCGGCAACGGCUAGUGACGAUGCAGCAGCGGCAGCAGCAACAGAUUCUGGCCUAAGUCCCAAGAAAGAAUUGAGCAGCACCAAAACCAACGCCGGCGCCAUGAUGGCAGAAAUGCUCCGACCCAUCCAGGAAGCAAGCAGCGUCGCCGACAUACGCACGGCGCUCGAAUGCCUCCAUGCCCGCGAGCAGGCCCUCACCAGCCGCCUCGACGGCCUUGUCUCCUCCCACUCGGACCUCAGCCGCGACCUGCUCCGGCUCGACAAUCUGCGCGCGACCCUAGGGGCGCAGGUGAUUGCCUCACGUACAAUAUCCAACACGAUGCUCUCCGGGGCCGCCGACACGGCCGAGCGCCUGUCGAGCCGCGUGCGCACGCUCGACCUCGAGAAGGAUCGGGUUCAAGCCACUCUCAACGUCGUCGAGCAGGUCGCCGAGCUCAAGGCCUGCGUGGCCGGCGUCGUCGGCAGCAUGGGCGCCCCGCAGGACUGGGAGGCCGCCGCCGGCUACCUGGCCCGAGCCGCGGCGGUGCCCGACGAGAUCCUGCACUGCGGGUUCGCGCGUGCCGUCGUGCCCACCGUCGAGACGCCCGACAGCCCUGCGGUGACCCUCGAGGCGGCAAGGGAAAGUCUGUGCAGUCUCUUCCUGCGCGAGUUUGACAAGGCCGCGUCCGAGGGUGACGAGGCCAAGGUCACGCGCUUUUUCAAGCUCUUCCCGCUCAUCGGCAGGGGAGACGUCGGGCUCGACAUCUACGGCCGCUUCGUGUGUCAGGGCGUGGCUGGCAUGGCGAGGCAGACCCUUCGCGACGGACCGGGGGUCACGGCCGCCGGCGGGCAGCAGCAGAAUACGUUUUUCUUCGCGGGGGCGCUCACAAAGCUUUUCGAGCAUGUCGCGCGCAUCAUCGAGGGCCACGGAGGUUUGGUGGAGAGGCACUACGGCGCCGGCAAGAUGGUCAGGGUCAUCGAGCGGCUGCAGGUCGAGGUCGAUGUCCAGGGAGGUAUCGUUCUCGACUCAUGGAGCGACGACCGGACGGUGGACAGGAGACUCAAGGACGUCAAGAGCUAUCCCUUCUCAUUUCUGGUGCAGAGCUUCCUGCCACAACAGAGGAGCGGCUUCGGGGGGACACCCCGUGUCAACUCGCCCUCCGGCGGCGUGGGGACCAAUGAUCCCCGCCAGAGCGAGGAUGAGGGCGUCAACAUGAAGGAAGUGGAUGGGCUACUUGCUGAGAUUGCCGUCAUGCUAGGAAAGUGGUCGUUUUAUGUGCGCUUCCUUGCCGUGAAGUGCAGAGACGACUCGGCUCCUGAAGACGCCCCUUUGCUCACUCCUCCUGUCAUCCGAAACUCCAACCUCUACCGCAAAGUCAACGGCAAACUCAUCAUACCUUAUAACGUCAUGUCGACUUUUUACUUCAGGAGAUCUGUCGAGAAAGCAUUCCAGCUCGACGAGUCUCCAACUGGACUGUCCCUUACUAUGGGCAAGCCGAUGGACGGCAAUCCCCCCUAUAUCAUCUCCGCUGUCGAUGAUGUCAUGUACAUUGUCAGCUCAGUCCUCCAGCGGACCCUGUCCACCUCCCAGAUCGAAGUCAUCACCUCUGUUGUCCCUACUAUCGGCAGGGUACUGGGCUCCGACUUUGUGGGCAUGAUCCAGCGCCGGAUGCGGGACGAGACUUAUCCCGUCCCAGCCGUCAAGGGCGGUUUCCCUCCCGAGGACAAGAUCAUCGCGUUUACGGUACUCUGCAACAGCCUUGACAUGGCCAAGGAGUACCUCUCUCGCAUUAUCAGUAGCCGCCUGGGACCCCCAGAUGCCCCCGAGUCACUGAACGGUUCUGCCGCCGCGCCUCGGCCCACAGCCGGCGGACUUAAGGACCUCUUCCCUCUCGAACGUGACGCCUCUGUCAUCACACGUGAACUACAAUCCCUCGAGGCCGCCUUUUCCUCCAAGGCGGGUGACCUCCUCAAAGAAGGCAUCGAAGUACUGUUUGGGCAGGUGGUCAGGCCGCGGCUCCGUGUGGCGCUCUCCGAAACUUUCCGCGACGCCGACUACAGCCUCACGGAGGAGGACCUCGCCGAGGCGGCGGCGCGCAACGACGAGGACGAGGCAGACCUGGUGGAGCGGCUCGAGGCCGUCGGGCGCGUCUUUGAGCACCGAUGGGACGCGCUCAUGCAGCCGCUCGCCCGCCUUCAGACCCCACGCACCUACGCAUCGCUGCUCGAGCUCGCGGCUCGCCACCUGGCAAAGGUCCUCGAGAGGCGCGCCUGGGCCGCCGCCGGCAAGGUGAGCAGCUACGGCAUCGUGCGCAUGGAGCGCGACUUCUCGGCCAUGAUCAGCGCCGUCGCCAGGGGCAACUAUGCCCUACGCGAAGAGUUUGCCCGCGUUACGCAGGUCCUCAUGGUCGCCAAUAUGGAGGACGACGAGUGGGACGAGCUGGUAGCGGAGGAGAGUGCCGGAGAAGGAGGCGGGAUGCAGUGGGUAUUGAGCGAGGAGGAGAGGCGCAAGGCGAGAGCCAUUGUCGGCUCGCUGUGA